AGCACACCUAUAGCACUAUGGAUUUAGGAAGCGAAGAAACGUCGUCGUUCCUGUCUGAUUUCCUGGAAAAGUGUGGUGGCUAUGCUGUCCUUGACGGCGGUUUUGCUACGGAGCUUGAACGGCAUGGAGCUGACCUCAACGACCCUCUUUGGAGCGCCAAAUGCCUUAUCACUUCCCCACACCUUGUUAGAAGGGUACACUUGGACUACCUUGAUGCCGGUGCAAACAUCAUACUAACCGCAUCUUAUCAGGCCACCAUUCAGGGCUUUGAGGCCAAAGGUUUCUCUAAGGAAGAAGCCAAAGAUUUGCUCAGGAAAAGUGUUGAAAUUGCAAUUGAGGCGCGUGAAAUUUACUAUGAUAAGUUUCAAUCAAGACGUCCAGUUCUGGUUGCAGCAUCUAUCGGCAGCUAUGGCGCUUACUUGGCUGAUGGUUCCGAAUAUAGUGGGAACUAUGGAGAUGCGAUAACUGUAGAAACAUUGAAGGAUUUCCACAGGGAAAGGGUACAGAUUCUGGCCAAUUCUGGUGCUGAUCUGAUCGCAUUUGAGACGAUUCCAAAUAAGAUAGAAGCAAAGGCAUAUGCUGAGCUUCUUGAUGAAGAAGGAAUAGAAAUUCCAGCCUGGUUUUCCUUCGCUUCGAAGGAUGGAAUCAAUGUGGUCAGCGGGGAUUCCAUGUUAGAAUGUGCCUCCAUUGCAGAUUCAUGCAAGAACGUUGUUGCUGUUGGAAUCAACUGCACACCUCCUAGAUUUAUCUACGGACUGGUUUCAUCUAUUCGGAAUGUUACAAACAAACCAAUAGUGAUAUACCCUAACAGUGGUGAGGCUUAUGAUGGUCAGACCAAGCAAUGGGUGAAAUCGACUGGUGUGGUUGAUGAAGAGUUUGCAGACAUAGCCAUAGACAAGUGGUGUGAGGCUGGGGCUUCUCUAUUUGGAGGCUGCUGCAGGACUACUCCAAAUACCAUCAGAGCCAUAUCUAAAGCUCUCUCCAACAAGUCUUCUUCCAUCGUUAACGAUGAUGCUUAACCGAGUUCUCAGAAACUGGUGUAAAUAUUUCUAAUCCGCGCUUAGAAUAAAAACCUUUGUAUCAUUUUUCUUUGCUUCUUUUACAACUCCGAGGAAGUAGUAAAAAUAUCACCAUGGCGAGUCCGUUCCAGAUAAGUCAAUAACAGUGCUUGUUAUGGUGAGGUUUUUCCAAAAUAACAGUGUUUAUUAAUUUCAAGGGUAGAAUUUUGUGGCA